AUGUCAAUGAUUGAAAGGUCAACACAAUCAUGCCGAAAAGCAUUUUACAUUUUACGGCCAUUAGCAAAAGAACCCGUACUAAUUACCAAAUACCGGGCGGUUAACCGUGAGUUAACACGAUGGUUAAAACGGUCGCUGAACGAUUACAAAUCGUUUUAUAUUAUUUCAGACGAUAACUCGUCUCGCAGUUCCACUCCGCCACCAAAUGCUGACAUCCCUAUAAAUACAACUGACACCCCGAAUAACGGUACACCUGGAGAGACUGCCCCAGUACUUAUCGAUGAACUCUCAAUACCAGUACCAGAAAAUAACGCCGAUGCUGAUGCCACCCCGGAACUUGACCCGGAUGUACUUACCGCGCUUGGAGAAGAAAUUGAGGAUAAAAGUAAAUUUGGGGAAGCUAUUCAUCGAAAUCUAGCCCAGCGAUGGGAACCUAUCCUCAAAAAAGGCCUACCAAAAGAAGCAAAGGAGAAGCUGAUGAAGGAGUACCUUAUACCCGAAAAUUGCACUUUAUUGCAAGCGCCAAAAUUGAAUCGUGAGGUAUCGGCCGCUAUAGCUGAGGCAGCCAGGCAACGGGACAAGAAGAAGGAGACUGCGCAGCAGCAAUUAGGGAUUGGCAUAUCGGCUAUUAAUAAGGCUUUGACAUCGAUGCUAACCUCGGAUAAUAAAGUAGAAGCCAUUAAAAUAUUAAGUGAUGGAUGCAGAAUACUUACUGACCUUCACUUUCAAGAGACGCAGGCGCGUAUUAGUGUUAUUAAUUACUCUCUCGCGAAACCAUUCCUUAAUGUUGUCCAAGACAGCGAAAGAGAUGACACGUUGUACGGGAAUAAGUUGGGUGAAAAAAUAAAGGCCUCAAAAACGAUUGAAAAACAAGGCCUUUCUAUCAAAAAAUUUGUAAAGACUUCUAAAAUUACGUCUAAUACAGAACACCCAACACCAGUUCUGCGCUCGCAUUACCAGACCAAACAAACUGGCUCAUACCAGGGAAACUGGACCGGGUCUUCGCGCUACCAUCAGAACAGGGGGGGGCGCCGAGGACCAAGCAGGACGAUUACCCCUGUGACACGCCGGUCUCAAGCGCAACAAUCGUCGAGCACAGCGGUCACGAGCAAAUCGAAAACAACCGCAACUCGUCAGUGAACCAGGUACAACAUGCUGGUAGAAUUUCUUAUUUUUAUAACUGCUGGCUUAAAAUAACAUCAAAUCCUGUAGUCUUAGACUGGAUUCGUUUUGGAUUUUCUAUCCCUUUUGAGUCUCAUGUUAUACAGACACAUGUUCCUUUAUUAUCACGUACAGCCUCCGAAAAUGCAGAUAUGACUGUGGCUAUAAAUAAACUUAUAGAUCUCGGUGCGAUUCGCUCUUGCGAACCUUGUGUUGGUGAGUUCAUAUCGCAAACAUUCUUAGCCCCAAAACCAA